CUGCAGGGAGCUGCUGAGGAGCCACAUGGUCCAACCCUGGAUUCUCCAAGCACUGACUGCCCAUCCACUCUGACCACAGCCAGGGCCACAUCCCACUGCCUGCCCAGCGUCCAUCCAUGGAGCUCUCAGUUUUCUCCUGCUACUGGGGACUGUACCAGGUGACGUUCGGCAACAACGAGCGAUAUAUGCGGAACUUCUCCAAGCUCUGCUGCUGCUGUGACCCUCCUCUGCGCCUGCUGUGGGUGCUGGUCCAUAUCAGAUACUGGGCCUCCUAUGCGAUCUUCACUGUCAUGCCCGCGGUGACAUUCCUGUGCCCAUCACACCAGCAGGAGCACUGCCGGGCAGCUCUCAUCUCCAUGUAUCUCAUCAUCCUGCUCCUCAUUGCUGCACCCAUGCUCGUUUCAAGCACAGGCGACUUCAUUAGGGCCAAGUGGGGCUCCCAGCAGCAGCAGCCCGAGAAGCGCAACAUCAUUAUCUUCGUCAUUGGGCUCUUGGCUCUCAUCCUCAGCCUCUGGAAUUUCCUGCAGGAGUUCGGUUACAUCACUGUGCCCUCCCAGGUUGUUUUCCUGCUCGCCUGCAUCCACAGCAGCAUCAAACCCUUCAUCUACUUCUUGUUGGGGAGGUGCUGGAGGCCCUGCUCCAUGGAGUCCCUCCGGCUCUCCCUCCAGAGGGUCUUUGAGGGGCAGAAAAUAAAAACUGCACACAAAAAUGAUGCCACCAGGGACACUCAGGUGUGAGUCUGUUGAAUCCUCCCACUGCUCUGCUGAGUGACCCCAGGAGAGUGACUGAGGGAUUCCUUGGGUCACUUUAUUAAUCAAUAUCCACAGGAUCACCCUCCCCAUGGUGCUGUAUUCCUGCAGGAGAAGGGAGCAGGAGCAUUGCCUUGGGUGAUUUUUGUGGGAUGCUCUGCAGGGAGCACACUGGAUCAUGGCUUUCCUCCUCCCUCCUGGAUCCACAUGGCUCCAAGCAGUGCAGCUGGGCUCAGUGCUGUUCCCCAGCUCUAUUCCCUAUGGAAUAACCCUCAUGGCCUCAGCCCCAGGGAAUGAACUCCAUCUCCUUUGGCUCAGCAGAUGAGUUCCAUGGUGUUUCCAGGGAGCUCUGCCUGCAAAGAAUGGGACACUUUAAUCUCUGGGGACACACUCAGCAACGGGGUGGCAGUGAUUUCCCAAAUCCCUGCAGGGCUGGUGCCUCUGGAUGGCAGGAGAGGGGUUGGGAUCACAGGGAGCAUCCUUCCCUUUCUGUCUUUUUUUUUUCUUCUUCUUCUUUUUUUUUUUUCUUUUUUCCUUUUUUUUAAAAAAUUUGGAGUUUUUCUAACGUGAGUACUGUGUUCAUGUUUAGAGUUUUAAUGCUGAUCUCUGACCAUUGCGGGCAGUCGAAGCCCGAAGCGCUGCACAAGCUCCGGAAAGGCGGGAUGGAGGAGGAGCUGUGUUGGAAAAGUGGAAUGUGUCUGAAUGUGGGGGUUGGAUUACCCGGGGGUGAUUUACAAAGAGAGCACAAAUCUUGUUUCUGUUUUGGGCCUCAUGAUUCUGUGUGCCUCUGGCCGUGCCUCUGGCUGCGAGUGUGCACUGCGCACUUUUCCUUUUACCUUGUCCCUUGUUGUAGUUUAAUAAAGUUUUAAA